AUGGGAAGAGCUCCUUGUUGUGACAAAGCAAAUGUUAAGAGAGGGCCUUGGUCUCCUGAAGAAGACGCUACCCUCAAAGGGUAUGUAGAGAUUCAUGGCACCGGGGGGAAUUGGAUUGCAUUGCCCAAAAAAGCUGGCCUUAGGCGGUGUGGUAAAAGCUGCCGUCUUCGGUGGCUAAAUUACCUUAGGCCAGACAUCAAACAUGGAGGCUUCACUGAAGAGGAAGACCACAUCAUUUGCACCCUCUACAGUCAAAUGGGAAGCAGAUGGUCUACCAUAGCCUCUCAGCUUCCUGGCAGAACAGACAACAAUAUCAAAAACUAUUGGAACACGAAACUAAAGAAGAAGCUAAUGGCUGGAAAAGUUAGCUUCAAAACGAUAGCUGACGAUGACACUCAAACUCAAAAUGAAGAGACUCAAAUUUCAUAUUUUCAUGCUUCACAAAAUCAAAGCUCUACCAUAGUCUCAGAAACUGGUGCUGAAUGGAGUAAUAAUUCCAUGGUGUCAUUGUCUCAAGGUGGUUCAAGCAUGUCAGAUUUGUCUUCCUUUGCAGUGGACAACGUUAACGAUUGUGUGGCAGAACAUGAAGGUCAUAAAGCAAUGGAUUUGUUGUUGGAUUUUGACUAUGGAUUUCCUUAUAAUAUUGUUGAGGCCUUUUUACUAUCAUGA